AUGGCUCCAGGCUCCUCUCCUUCAACCCCUCCCGGCGCCUCAACAGCGAGGGGAGGUGGGAGUGAGGAGCGGGAAGAAGGAUCACAUAACAUAUCUUCGGAUUCCUCUUCUUCUGAGUCUUCUCGUUUGAGAAAUGGAGAUCGACAGACACAAACAGCAGAGGAAGAGAAGGCAGGAAGUCGACGCCGAAGGGUGUCCUCUGCUUCGAGCGAAGCCAACGAAGAAAAAGAGAUCAAUCCGAAAAACAUCGAUCGAGCUACCCGCAGCACCUCGGGCCGCGCUACCGAUAGUGCGCGAGGCGCGGACGAAAACGAAGAAGGCCGGAACGUCGACUGGGUACCCAGCGACGAGGUGACACACUGCAACCACUGCCAAGGCCUUUUCAGCGUCACAAAGUGGAAACACCACUGUCGAGCUUGUGGAAAGGUGUUUUGCGGCGAGUGUUCGACGAUGCGCAUUCGGCUCCCCGACCUCGGCUACUUCGAGAAAGUCCGCGUUUGUGACGACUGCGCGCUGGCGCGCGCUUCGUCCCACACCCUCUCUCUCCAAGAGGACCUCGACGUUAAAGAACAAAUCAAUGCGAACCUGAAACUCGCUCUGGAAGAGAAAACGAAACAGCUGGAAGGCUUCCGCGCGUUUCUUCUCGAAGUCGAAGGGCUGCUUCUGGCCGGCGGCGCGUCGCAUCGGGGGCUGUCCUUCUCUGCGGGACGCACACCGGGAGCGGACACGACCGCAGGCGCUGUGCGCUACGCCGACGGCGCAUCAAGGAACAGCCAGGACGAAUUCGCUGUCUUGAUGCAGCAAAGCGAGCGCAGCUUGCGGCAGCUGACGCAGCGACUGCAGCAGUACGAGGAGGAGUUUGAGGACGUGCGCCUGCAGCUCGAGGAGCUCCAGACCGAGCGGGACGAGCAUCGAAGCCGCGCCUACCAACUGGAGCGGAGUGUGCAUGCAUCGCAAAUGGAAAUGAUGCAGUUGAAGGAAGUGGCGGCAGACCGGGACGCUCUACGAGCCGUCGUGGAGGAACAAAGACGACAGUUGGAGGAGCAGAGACGGCAGUUGAGUGGACUUCAGCAGCGCUGCGUGACUCUCGAGAGCAAGUCUGCAGCGGCAAAUUCGCCUUCUGCCAGCGCCCGCACAGCCCGUCAAGGAGCCAGCGCGGCUUCGCUGCCUUCCGCGCCGGUCGAGCCCUACACGUGGGGCUCCAGCUCCGACCGCGGUCGCGGUCUCUCGGCCAGUCUCUCUCCAGGAGACACCUCGUUGAUGAAAGGAGGCAUUUUUGGAAGAGACGCGGAGCUUUCGAGGCGUCCUGUUGUUGUGGGGCGCGCGAACGACCUCGAGGAUCUCGCGGUGGCCUUCACAGUCGCUGACGGCUUAGACCGGAGGCACGCCUACCUUGCCGGUACGGGCUCGGGCAGCAAGGAGCUGUAA